AUGAUGGACGAAUUUGCAGAGCUGUAUGAGCCAUUUUACGCCGACUUUGGGCCCUUGAACCUGGGGAGGACGUACCGCUUCUGCGAGAUUACCUCGAGGCUGCUGCAGGAUGCCGAGCAGCGGGGCAAGCAGCUGUACCUCUACUGCAGCGCCCAGACCCAGCAGCGCGCAAACGCAGCCGUGCUGGUGGGCGCCUUCCAGGUCCUGCUGCUGGGCCGCAGCGCAGAGGCGGCCUUCACCCCGCUCGCGGCGCUGAAGCCGUUUGCCCCCUUCCGGGACGCCUCGUGCGGGGCGCCCUGCUUCAACCUGCAGGUCGAGCACUGCCUGCGGGGCCUGGCGAAGGCGGCUGCAGCGGGCUUCCUUGACGCUCGGGGCGGGGCGUGGCGGUUUGACAUUGAGGAGUAUGAGCACUAUGAGCAGGUGGAGAAUGGGGACCUGAAUUGGAUCGUCCCAGGGAAGCUGGCGGCCUUCAGCGGCCCCGCGGCCAGCCCCAACGCGUACGUGGGCUUCAGGGCGAUGGUGCCAGAGGACUACUGGGACUACUACCGCCGCCGCAGGGUCACGGCGGUCGUGCGGCUCAACAAGAAGGUGUACGACCGCCGCCGCUUCACCGACGGCGGGCUGCGGCACCACGAGCUGUACUUCCCGGACGGCUCCUGCCCCCCCACAGAGUUGUUGCUGCGGUUCCUCGACCUGGCGGAGCAGGAGCCGGGCGCGCUGGCCAUCCACUGCAAGGCGGGCCUCGGCCGCACUGGGGUGCUGAUCUGCAGCUACAUAAUGAAGCACUACGGCGUCCGCGCCACCCUCUCCCACCUUGAGUCCCUCAGCUUCACCGCUGAGGAGGUGAUUGGUUACAUCAGGAUCUGCCGGCCAGGAUCGGUCAUCGGCCCCCAGCAGAACUACCUGCAGCAGAUGCAGGCAAUCAUGUGGAGGGAGGGCGACGCGUGGCGCGCCACGCACGGCCCCGCGCCGCCGCCCCUGGCGUGGGGCCCCGCCGCGCCCAGCCGCGCGGGCUCCAUGCGGACGCUGGCUGCCGGCCCCACGGCAGGGGGCCCGGCGGAGAAGCCGCAGCAGGCGGCGCAGCAGGCGGCGCGCCCGUUCAGCUUGGCUGUGGACGCCACCGGCGAUGCCUUCCUCAGCAGGCAAACCAGCAGCGGCGGCGGCGCGGCGCGCGGAGCGAAUGGCGGCAGCAGCGGCGGCGGCGGCGGCACAGCGGCGCGGGCGCCAAGCGCCUCGGCCUCAAUCAUCGCAGGCACCGGCGGCAGCAGGGCCGGGCUGGGCAGGGCGCCCAGCGACCUAUCCCUGAUGCAGUAUGCUCAGGAGCACACCCUGCAGCAGGCCCAGCAGCCCGCGGCUGCCGCGACCUUGUAUGGAGGCGUUGCCGGCAACCGCAGCAGCGGUGGCGCCGCCAGGUGCAGCAGCAGCAGCAACAUUGCAGCAGUCGCGGCGGCGUACCUCGGGCCGGGCAGCAGCCACGGCCCCUCGUCGGCGGCGGCGCGGCCGUCGGCCUCCCAGAGCCGCGGGCGCGCGUCGACGCCGCAGUGCGCCUCCCUGCCCAGCGGCGGCGGCGCGUCCGGCGGCGGCGGCAACCCGUUCACCAGCCUCUUCAGCGUGCUUGGCGCGUCGGCGCACGGCCAGCUGGCGUCGGCGCUUUCCUUCGGCCGGCCUGCGACCCAGGCCGCGGCCGCCGCGCGCGCGGCCGUGCCCGGGGCGGCCUCCUUGGCGGCGCCCUCCUCCCGCGGCCGCGCGCCGUCGGCGCCGCGCGAGCGCACGGCGGGCGGCCCGCGGGCGCAGGGGCAGGCGGAGACGGCGGCGGCGGGGGCGCGGGCCAAGGGCGGCCUGCCUGACGGGCACCUGGGGCAGAGCGCUGACAUGUUCUCUAGCGCGUGGCGCACAUCCAUCAGCAGCGGAGCGGCAUCCCAGGCCGCGGCAGGUGCGCUUUACGGCAGCCGGCCCCAGUCCAACAUCGUCCGCGUGCUGGCGCCCAACGGGCAGCCCCGCAAGGUGCCGGCGGCUAUGCUGCAGCAGGGCGUCGCCGGCGGCAGCGGCGGCAGUGGCUCGGCAACCGGAGCGCCCUCCAGGGGUCCUGGGUCACUGAUGUCAUCCUCGCUGAACGGACGCAACGGCAGCUACUACUGA